CAUUUCCUGUUUGUAACUGAAAAAGACAAGUCACAGGGUAAAAAUAGCAGAUAGGUUGACAAAAACAACCCUGCAAUGAAACAGUGGUGAUAGACCAUGACCUGAUCGAGGAGACGAGAUGGAUCCACAUGUCCAAAACUACUCCUAGCCGCACGAUGUCGGACUGUGCACAGGCCUAUAUAGGUCUGGCUCUGACCGGGCUGGCCUUGAUGAUUUCAGUCUGUUUAAAUGUUUUGUUAUAUUCACUGAGACGCAGAGAUCAAAAAACAAGAGAUGCUGAGGAGUAUCUUUACGACAAUUCUGAGCACAGUGAGAACAGGUUUGAGGAGGAAGUGCAACAACAGGAAAAUCCAAUCUAUGGAAAUAUAUGCACAAAUGGGGGAGAAUCUGAGGCGGCAAAUGAGAUGUGCUACGAACCAAUGACAGGCCGGGACCCUACACCAAAUGAAAGGCCUGCAGAUGUCUCCUAUGCUUCUCUGGACCUGAGAAAUGCCAAAAAGCACAAAAAGAAGCGCAAGUACCAGCAAAACCAGACCGCUCAGACCCAAAAGGCCCAGUCUCACGCAACGUUGCCCCAGGGCUGUCUGGACGUGGCGGAGGGUGAGGAGGGCGUCACCCUUCCCUCCAGGAGCUCCAGCCUCAUGGUGUCCCGCCACAGCAUCUACCUCAACAGCCAGCAGAUCACACAGGAGGCCCAGGAGCUGGGAAAUGCACAGGGCCACACAGAGGAGUGGUGAGGGCCGGAGAGAGAAAAGAAUUCCAUUUUUUUACACUGAACCUAAGUAUCUAAUAAAUAACUCUGCACUUCUGAAUGUA